AGACAAAGUUCACGCAACGCUGACACUGUAAACGUUCCAAAACACAACAUGGUUAGGGCUGCCAUCUUUCUCUUACUAUUCUCUGUAUUUAUCGACAUUUCUUUUGCUGCUGACAUCAAGGGACAAAUCCCCCAUGCACCAUUCGCAGAUCUCGAUGAAAAUUUGAAAAUAACUCCAGGACACAAGCUAUUUACCAAGGACGAACUCGCCACAUUCAACGGUAGAAACUCAAACUCGCCAAUCUACGUGGCAGUGAAAGGGGUUGUUUUCGAUGUGUCCACUUCAAAAGACCUUUAUGGUUACGGAGAAUCGUACAACUCUAUGGCGGGAAAAGAAUGUUCUCGAGCCAUCGCAAAAUGGUCUUUAGCGGCCGAGAACAUGAACGGAAAUUUGGAUGGUUUGACAAAAGAUGAGUUACAAAGACUGGAGAAAAAUUUCCAUGAUGUGUACAUGAGGAAAUACCCUGUGGUGGGAUAUAUGCACGGCUUUGAGCCCAGACUUAAAGACAAUGUCCAGUGGCACAGAGAAGAAUUAUAACAAAUGUAGUUUUUUUUCCAAAUUAACAGUAGAUUUAUUAUUUUGGCUAUUUAAUUUAAAAUUUGUUACUGAUUAAGUGAUUUUUAUAUUUACCAUGAAUAAAACCUCUUCUCAUAAUCUCAACUAUUGUCUCAGGUCUGACAGGUGGAUAUCAAGUAUCUACUUGUUAUUAACUGUUACUCUUUUUUAUUGAUUAUUCUCUGCUUAUCAAUUUGUUAUCAUUUACUGCUUAUGGAACCUUUUGAAUGUAAGGCUCCUUGUAUGAAUUUCUGUUUUAAAAUAGAAGAGAUAAUACCUUCAUGAAUUAAAAAAAAAAUGCUAUGAACAAA